UUCUACAAGCGCCGAGCAAACGCAAGCGUUAUCUAUGGUGGUUUUAUCCAUCUCUAUCCUGCUUCUGUGUACUGUAUUGGAACAUGUAUACCAUUGAGUGCCAGGGACCUAGCAAUUGUUCUUCAGCCUCAACACACUUAACUGACGCGUAACAUGUUUUCCUGUACAGCCAUCUCCAUCGCCGCCACCUCAAUCAAUUUUCCGAUUACCAUUAAAAUUAACAAAUUCCACCAUAGACUCAGGCAGCCCUUGGCUGCUUCCUCUUCUUCUAUUCACUAUAGCAGUCUCCGAGUGCUGGAAUGGGAUAAACUGUGCGAUUUGGUUGCUUCCUUUGCCACCACUUCUCUGGGCCGCGAAGCUGUCAAAGCACAGCUAUGGUCUCUGACUCAGACUUACGACGAGAGUCUGAGACUGCUGAAUGAAACCAAUGCGGCCGUCGAAAUGCACAAGCAUGGAGGUUGUCGACUGGACUUCGGCCAUAUUGACGCUGCUCUGGUGGAAUCUGCUAUUCAGCAUGCUCGGAGAAAUAGACCAGUAAACGGCUUUGAGGCAUUGGCCAUUGUUGCUCUUCUUCAGCAUGCUGAAACCUUGCAGGUUAAUAUGAAAGCUGCGAUCAAGGAAGAUGCAGAUUGGUAUAGUCGUUUCAUGCCUCUUACUGAAGUGAUAAUGGAAUUUGUCAUUAGCCGAUCAUUGGUUAGAUUGACAGAGCAAGUUAUCGAUGAAAAUGGUUCUGUCAAGGACUCGGCGAGUCCAGCCCUUAAACAGUCACGAGAACAGGUGUUGUCACUUGAGAGGAAGAUACAUCGGUUGAUGGAGAGCUUGAUCAGAAAUGAAAGGAGUGAAACUUCAAUUCUUGAAGUGAAUAAAAUUGAUGGCAGGUGGUGUAUUCGAGUGGAUUCUGGUCAGAGGACAAGCUUUAAGGGUCUCUUAUUAUCCAGUGGUUCAGGGGGAGGAAGUAUUGUAGAGCCUCUUUCUGCUGUUCCAUUAAAUGAUGAGUUGCAACAAGCUAAAGCUUUAAUGGCUAAAGCAGAGGCUGAUGUGCUUUUGAGAUUAACAGAAAAGAUUCAGCUGGAACUUCAUGACCUUGAAAGGAUAUUGAACACGAUGGUUCAACUUGAUGUGAUCAAUGCUAGAGCUACUUAUGGUCUUUCUUUUGGAGGAACAAGUCCUCAUAUAUUUUUGCUGGAUAGAAAUGGCCCUUCUACUACAAAAAUAGUUGGUAACAACAAUUCUGGCGAGCAGUUCCCCAGCAUUAGAGAGUGGAAAUUGUAUCUGCCAAAAGCUUAUCAUCCUUUGUUGCUCCAGCAGCAUAGGGAAAUUUUGCGGAAGGCCAAAAGGGAUGUCAGUCAUGCUGGCCCAGUUGGCAUGCUAGAGCAAGAUCCCCCAUCCCCAGUUCCAGUUGAUUUUUUCGUUGCCCAGAAAACUUGUGUUUUAAUUAUAACUGGCCCUAACACCGGUGGUAAAACCAUAUGCUUGAAGACCAUAGGAUUGGCUGCUAUGAUGGCAAAAUCAGGCCUUUAUAUUCUUGCUUCUGAAUCUGCGCAAAUCCCUUGGUUUGAUUCUGUUUUUGCUGACAUUGGUGAUGAGCAGUCCUUAUCCCAGUCUUUAUCUACCUUCUCUGGACAUCUGAAACAGAUAAGCAAUAUUAAAUCACAUUCAACACAGCAGUCACUGGUGCUACUGGAUGAGGUUGGUGCUGGAACAAACCCCCUUGAGGGAGCUGCACUGGGCAUGGCAUUAUUGGAAUCUUUUGCCAUAGAUGGUUCUUUGUUGACAAUGGCUACAACUCACCAUGGGGAACUGAAAACCCUGAAAUACAGCAAUGAGGUCUUUGAGAAUGCAUGCAUGGAAUUUGAUGAAGUGAACCUGAAGCCAACGUACAAGAUCCUCUGGGGAGUACCUGGGCGCUCAAAUGCAAUUAAUAUAGCUGAGAGGUUGGGACUUCCGUCUAUUGUUGUAGAUGCUGCACGUAAAUUGUAUGGUGCUGCUAGUGCAGAGAUAGAUGAGGUAAUAACUGAUAUGGAGAAGUAUAAACAAGAUUAUCAAGAGCUACUAGAUGAAGCACAUAAUUAUCUGGUGCAAUCUAGAGAUCUUCAUGAUAGUUUGUUGGACUCCAAUAGGAAGAUCACAGAGCACAGUGCUAAUGUACGAGUUAGAAAGAUGCAAAAUGUAUCUGAGGCUGCAGCUAUGGCACGGUCCAUCCUUCACAAGAGAGUGCGGCAGCUACGUACAUCUCCAAGACAAGUUUUGCAGCCCAAUAAAGCUGAUAAAGUCCCUCAAUCAUCAGUUGCCAAUUACCAACAUAAAUCAGUAGAUAACAAAGAAUCUACUACUGCAGUUGCAGAUGGGAGUACAGCUGCUGUUAAGAAAAUUAACCGAACAUUGGCAGAGGAGUCUAGGCUUCCCAAGGUUGGUGAUGCAGUGCAUGUCUCUUCCAUUGGAAAGAAGGUAACAGUUUUAAAAGUAGAUUCAUCAAAAGAAGAAAUUGUUGUCCAAGCUGGAAACAUGAAGUUGAAGCUGAAGUUAAAAGACAUCCAAAGAUGAUUGCCUAUCAUUCGAGCCAGUACAAGUACUAUCUUGGUUAAGAUUUUUCUUAUGCGCGCACCAGAUCAUAUAACGUGCUCUCUUGGUUACGAAUCCCAGAAUUAAGCAUGCUCCGUGGGAGCUUAAGUUGGCUUUGCUAUUAGUUGGAAAAUCAUUUCUCUCGCUAAAAUGAAAAUGGUGAGGAGCUGGGAAUUUAACGUAUGUUCAGUUAUUUGCUUACUCCACUUAGGCGGUAUAUUUGUGUGCCCCUAAUUUUAUACAGUUUGUCCUCCUUUCUAUGAAACUUCUGCAGGAUACUUCUGACUUGUUCUACUCUAUCUAAAGUCAAGGCUUAUAUGAAAACUGCUCCCUUCUGUUUUUAAUGAUGUAAAAGGGGAAUAUUCAGAAAGUUUGGUAAGAUGAAUCAAGAAGUUGCUAAGAUGGCGCGAAGCAUGGUUUUUGUGCGGUAUAUACAUUGUGCGGGCUGAAUCAAUGCCAACAACUCCAGAGAAAUUUUCUAAUUGGCCUUCGGAAAUCUCUGUGUCAUGAUUGGAGCCGAUGAAUAUUAAACCUUGUCGACUGCUUUUGAUUCUUGCUAGAGCGCACUGACAAGAGCUCGCAAUUGGGGUCACUGAGAAGACGGAAGUGCUUUGUAGUUUUGCCCCUAAAAGAUUAUUGAAGGUCAAUCCAGAAGGCUAUAAUUAUGAUCACUUUAUUUGUCUUCUCUGUUUAAUUAGUGGGACUGGUGGUAGAAUCCUCCAACGUUCUCCAAGUUAAUAACCGGAGGAGCUUCACAAGAACAUCGCUUUACAGAGGUUUGAUUUAUAAUUGAGCUAAUAUUUUAUUUUCUUCUUGAUCGAUUUAUAAUUCAGAAGGUGUAUUCUAUUUUCCUUACUGUUCUGCUUUUUUUUUUUUUUUUUUUGCGUAAUGGUUGUGCGCCAUAAUUUGUUAGAUCUUGACGGGUGGGUUGAGUUGGGCAUUUUGUCACCUGUCAAUUUCACUUGUACUUUUGAG